AUGUCAAUGGAACAACGUGCUGAACUGUUCAACAAACAUUUUAGUGAAGUAUUUACAGAUGAGUUCCCACUGAAUGAAUCCCUCACGCUUUCUCGCCCGAUUAUUUUUCAUCAAAUGGUACCUAUCGUAAUCACACCCAAUGGCGUAGCUCAUGUCAUCGAUCGACUUCCGCUCAACUCCUGCCCACGACCUGAGGGCAUCAGUACUAAGCUUCUAAAAUUAACGUCCAAUGUAUCAUCUUUCGUAUUGUCUUUAGUGUUCCAACAGUCACUAGAUACAGCUUGCGUGCCCGAUGACUGGAAAAGUGCACAUGUCAUACCUAUAUAUAAAUCGGGAAACAACACCUGUCCAAACAAUUAUCGGCCCAUUUCUCUUACUUCUGUGUGUUGCAAAAUUAUAGAACAUAAUAUUUACAUUUAUAUCAUGAUUCACCAAAACACUAAUAACUUACUGCUCGAGAAUCAGCACGGGUUUCAGUAUAAACGAUUAUGCCAAACACAAUUAUUUGAGUUGGUGACCGAACUUCUUGAUACCAUACACAAGUCCUUUUACACCGAAGCAAUUUUCAUUCACUUCUCAAAGACC